UUCUUGAACGGGAACAGACGACGCAGUAUGCGGCUCCAAACAGAGAAAUAACACAUUUAGCGACAACAACAAAGGAUAAAUCCAUUCCAUACAUUCCAGAGCUAGAUCCGAUCCAAAGGCCAGCAAUAGACCCGAUAAGGCGGCGCACUAGAUCCGAGUUUCCAAGCAGGGGUAUAUAGGUCGCCGGUGGAGCGGGAAAAAGUGGGAAAUCGGAACAGCAGUUGGCCUAUUUCACACAGGAAGCGGAGUCUAGUUGUCCAUCCGGCAGAAGAGAGGUCUUUUCCAAUCGUUAACAUGCUGUCGCGCCUGCAGGACUUCUUGUCACGCCACCGGCGAAAGUUCAUAGUGACCGGCGUUCUGGUGGGCGGCACCAUCUUUGCGGCACGUUAUGCACAGCGGCGAUUCGUGGAGUUCCAGGAGAAACAGGCCAGAGAAUUCUUCGAGAGAACGCGGCGCACGACCCACUUUGAGUCGACGGAGAAGACGUGCAACCAGGUGAUCCUAGGCAUGGGUGAGGAGAUGUGCCAAGCGGUGCUCAGGGAGUGCAGCACGGACGAGCUGCUCGAGCAGCUGCGCCAGAAUCCCAAGAACAAGCUGGAACUCUGGGAGGACAUGAAAAUUGUGGCUUUCACAAGGCUGGCAACCUAUGUCUACGCCUCCUCCAUGCUGGUUAUUGCGUUAAGGGUCCAGCUAAAUCUCCUGGGUGGCUACAUCUAUCGGGACAUCAUGACGGAACAAAAACAAGUCACCGACGAGCUGAAGCAGCAGUACCUCUCCCUCAUCCGACACUUUAUCACGGAGUCGGGCAUCCGGGACUUAGCCCGUUACAUUCGCACCCAGGUCAUCGCAGUCACCAAGACCAUGCCGCUCUCCCAACAGCUUUCCCUAAGCGACCUGGAGCAACUGUUUUGGUCCCUGCAAAUGGCCAUCAAUGCGGACACUCGUCGGGAUCCCAACUCGCGAAUGAGCAAGUAUCUGCUGCCCAGCCAGAAUCCCAGUCACUCGCCGCUGCUGCAAAAGAUGUUCAACGAGACCCUGGAUCUGUUGGAGAGCGAGGAUGCCGUUGGCGUUUGCUCGCACAAUGUAAGCCGUGGUUUUGUGCUGGCCUGCGAUGCCAUCGCCGAAAGCAUGGGCGAAACUUUGCAGCAUCUGCCGCAAGCUCAAGUGCAAACGCAGCAAGAACAGAACGUCAAGUUCAACCAGGCAGGAAGCUCAGGCGCCGGCACCUCGAAGAUCCAAAACGGUCUGGAGAACAACAACUUGCUGAACAUCAACCGAGUGCUGUUGGCGUUGGCCAAGCUCAUUCCUAUCAUCAGUGGUCUCACCUCGAGAGGCUUCGAUGCCACUUCGCGACCCCACAAUCUGCCCACCCAGCUGCUAACCUUUUACGUGGUCGCCGAGAAGACAAAGACGCUGGGGGCCAACGUCUACGAAAGCUUCAGCUCCGCCUAGAGGAUCAACAAAACUUGGAUUAUGCAUCCGUGCAUAGGCUAGGCUAAGACAAUUGGAAAAUUAUAGUUUAUAUACUUGUAUAUUUUUAAUAAGAUCUUAAUUCUCAAAAGCAUUGCUUGUAUGUCUGCUUGAACCCAACCCGUAUUAAGUUUAGCUCCUAAGAAUAUUUAAACGAAGCGAGUGUAAGGUAUGCUUAAGCAGAUUCCCCUCCAUUGCGUCCACGGGGAAUCCUUUCAGGACAGGGACACAAAUCGAGUAACGUGAAGGCCUUUUAAUCUAACUGGAAAGUGAAAUAUGUGCUUGAGGAAUGAGAGAAUAUUCAUAUAGGAUGGACCUGAUGGGUUAUUUAGUAUCCAAACUAUAUGAAAAAGUAAUUCAUAUGUGUAAUUGAUUAAUGGAAUAAAAAGUGACAGAUUAUUUAUUUAUACCAUGCUAGAAAGUUUGGGUCUUAAUCUUAAAUGAAUUGUAAAAUAAAUGGCAACCUAAUAAACUAUGCAUUCCCCGUUUUUAAA